UGCUGCCGACAACAACGUCUACUGGUCGAUUAUCGCUUAUUCGAUUUUACUUCAUUCGCUGAGCAGCCUCUGUGGGGCGAAUUUAGAACUAACGGCAAAACCACACAAAUAAAGAUUUGCAAAACGAAAAAAGAUAAGAAAUUCGCGCGGGACUUCAACGCACACAAAAUGUGAACGGUCUUUGCACCGUUGCUCUAAAUUUUAAUUAUACGAAAAUACAAAUACUGUAAAUGAGUGAAUACAAAUGUGUAGAGCGCGCAGCUUCUGCGUCGGCUGCGCGCGUCCCCACCACCACCGACAAGCCGAGCAAACCCUUCUGUUCGCUAGCCUAUAUGGCCAAAUCCACAGCCGCCAUAAAUAGCAGCAAAGAUGUUCGAAUUGUCAAAGGUCCGGGGCACAAUAGCUUUACUGCCGCGCCGAUUGCACCGAAUGUCGCAGCCACAGCGAAGGUGAGUGAACGUGGCUCGCCAGGGUUGCCCACGGGUGCUGCAACUGCCGUAAGUGGACACGAAAGCAAAAAUAGACUCGAAGCAAAGGAGGCUUCGUCGGAGGUUGUAGUCAAUGGUCAUGCCAAGGAUACACCAGAAGACGUCAACAACUGCUCGUCCAGUAUAACCGAAGUUUUCGGAGUAAUCAAUGAAGAGGGCACUACUCCAGCCGCUGAUCAAGUGGAUGGCGUCAAUAUACGCCGUCCAUGGGAGUUGGGCACGCAUAAUGGUUAUGUACAACGCAUUCCCCCCUCACUAAUGACACCUGCGAAUACACAAAAUGGCUUCCAAAAUGGCCCUAGUGCUCUAAAUUCGUUGUCGAAGUUAAACAGCUUGGAUUGCUGGGACUAUACUAUAGAAUUGGAGUGUCUUAACGGUCCACAAGACUUGCAACUCGCGGCUGAGCUUGGCAAGACACUACUCGAGCGAAAUAAAGAGCUGGAGACGCUGGUCAAGGAACUGAAGGGUACCAUCGAUGAGCAACAACAGGAAAUUGUGUACUUGAAGAAGCAUGCAAAUGCCCUGCGUGAGGUCAAUGAUACGCGUCUCAAGGUGUAUGAACAACUGGACCUGGGCAUACAGGAUAUGGAGCGGUCCAACCAUCGUCUGACCGCCGAGAAUAACAGCGAUAAGAAGCAUAUUAAAACGCUUGUACAAACUAUCGAAGCGCUUGAGGCGCGUCAGGAGGAGCUUAAUAAGCAAAUUGAUGAGCUGCGGCAAUCGCUGACGAUGGAGCGGCGAAAAAAUGAACGUCUCUCGAGUGCCAAUGAGCGACGCAACACCGCUGCCAACGAGUCAAGCCGAAGUAGUAACGGUGUGUUAAAUAGUGUCGCCGUUAAGGAGUCGUCGUCAACGAAUAAAGGCAACGAUAGCGGUAGUGAACGAGGCUAUGAACCCAGUACCACAGCGCCAGAAAACUGUAGCUUCGAAUUCGGUACUUCGGCGCAACCAGAAAGCAAAGCCAACUCGACCAGCAUCGGCGUCAAUCAAAGUAAUGAAAAUUCGAUGGGACUGAGCGACUUAGUUUGCAACGCCGAUGAUAGUGAAGAGAUUAUAAAGCUCGUCAAUGACUUGGAAAUGAUGAAGAAGGCGUUCUUGGCUGAGCAGCAGCGUUGCACUGAGCUAGAGGAGCAAUUGGUGGCCAUAAUACAAGAGAAUCAAAUGCUGCAAAGCCGUUUGGCGAGCAAUAGUCCAAAUGAGGAGAUGCGCUCAAUGCAGGAGGAACUGUCCGUUUUGGAUGAAGUAAGGGAAGGCAAAAUGUGCAGUCGCUGUAUGCGCGUGCUGGAUGAUCCGGACACCAUUGGCGACGAGCAGUUAUCUCUUGCGCCCACUGAUGAUUACCAGGAUGAAGAGCGUAGCCUCCUCGAUAAUGCCAGCGAGUGCUCGCAGGCCAUCUAUCGUCCCGGGGUAUCGAUUAAGGUCGCUCAACGCAUAGCCGACUCCUUGGAUUUGAAUAUGCCCAGCAGCAGCCCGAAUCCGUACCGUGAAUUGGUAGAGAAAUACGAGGCUUUGCUCGAGGUACAAUGCUCGGCGAUCGUGCGUAAAAAUACCAGCUCAGGUGGCGGAGACGGCAUGUCACUUGCCGAUGAGUUCCAGUCGUCUGGCGAAUUUAGUCAGUCACAAAAAUCGCAUACACCAUCUUCCGUCGCACGCGAGAACAUGAAUACAGUCGAUGAUGGUGGCGCCGUAGGUGGUGACAGCACAGCUAAUGGUAGUGCACAAAAUGGCGGUGAUGCCAGCUUAACGCUGUCUCAAGAUGCCGAUAAUAGUGCUGGCAAAGUAGGAAAUGAAAGCGCAAAAGAUUUGCGUGGUCGUACACCUACAGAAUACUCAGAGACCGGGACUACAUCCUCUGGAUAUGCGGAUGAGACUAGCAAUAAAUGUACACAGACGGAAAAUCGACCCGGCUCAUUCCUUUGUACCAUAGGCGACGGCGAAAUGUGUAAGUUUAGCAUUUACGAUGACGCCAGUCCCAUUGACUCGCAUUUCCGCAAUAGACCCGAGUACAAGGAGCUGUUCAAGGAGAUUUUCGCUGUACUCAAGAAGGCGGCCACAAAUAAGGAAGAGGGCGAAAAGUUGCCAUUGCUCGAUGAUACGGAGCCCGCUGCAGCUGCCGCGUGCACAGCUAUCGCCAAGGUGCCACCAGUAACGCCAGCCAAUGAAGAACUGCCAAUUGAUUUCGGUGAUGACGCUCAGAGUAUUAUUUCGUCAGCGGUAUCCGAGCAAUCGUUCGCCAUGUCAGAGUGCAUAACCAAGUUGGAGCGAAAGACGGCAAAGAAGCACAUUAUCGAGAAGAAUCAAGAAAACCAGCCGCCCAUGCAUGUGGGCGCUUCCAUCACCACAGUGGUUGUGGCAGGUCAGUCACCGAUCGUUGAGAACGGUCGCGUUUUAACACCGCUCAAGCGCGAGCCACUCGAAUAUCUAUCAGUGGGUGUGGGUAUUAAGAAGAAAAAUCGUCGCAAGAACCGCAAUUUUGGCAAUGACCGCCCUGAGUCGCCGGCUGUGCUACCCUCACCGCCACGAUUCUUCAUUGCAAGCGGCAAAAAACGCCGUGACGUACGUCCAUACGUGCAAUCGCCAUUGGCAAGCACCACCUCCACCGCCGCCGAACAGCCACGCUCCUCACGAAGCACUGGCGGUGCACGUUACGAAUGGAAUGGCAGCUCGAUGGUCAUAUACAAUCGCAGUUUGAAUUCGCCGGGCACACCCGCCACCUCCUUGCACGGACGUGAAAUGGAUUUCAGCAAUCUCGAAUAUCGACCCAGCUUCCUGUCGAUGGAGCUCAAUCAGCUGAAAAACCUGGAGAAGUCAUAUGCCGAGGUGCUGCGUACAGCAGACAGUUGCAAGCACGACCACUGCCGGUCAGCGUCGCAUCAUCAUCAUCAUCACCACCAUCAUCAUCAGCAGCAGCAACUACAGCAACAGAAGCAACACAAACAACAAAAACAACAGCGAAACCGCAAAACCUAAGCGACGCUAGGCAGAAAAGAGAGCACUUGAGGUUCCAUCACCCCCUCAAAAGUCUGCUCACAAUUUAGUUUUCGCUAAAUACACACAACAAACACACACAUAUAUAUACAUACAUAAAUAAAUAAAUACAUACAAACAGAAGUAAGAAGCUGAACAUACAUAUACACGUAUGUACGAGUAUAUGUUGAAGCGUACCAGUCCAUAUUAGUAAUUGAAUAGUUUAAAAAGUAAACAGUUUGCCCCCACCCAACCAACCAAGAGAUAAGCAGAGAGAAGGAGAGAAGAAUAACCAGAGUUAAGAAAGACAGCAACAAAAGUAAAACACAAAAAACUGUAACUAAAACUAACGUUAAUCAAUAAUUAAAGAAAUAUUUUCAAAAUUUUUGUCCUAAAUAUACGUAUAUACACAUAAACAUACAUACAUGCAUACACAGAUAUGACUUACUAUUUAUACACGUAUAACUAAUAAUUAUGUAAUUAUGUUUCCUAUUGAAUGUAUUCACCGUUAACACCGUAAAAUGUCACAAAUAGCUUAAUGAAAUAAUUCCAAAAGCAAUGUUAGCGGCAUUGCCCCAUCCAAGAGAUCCGAGAGUAUUUCAAUUUUGACAAGAAGAAAAAAAA